AUGGCGCAGACCCACACUCCAAACCCGCCCCAGAUAGCUUAUUGUCAAGGCUACUCUGUGGACGUGGAUACCAUCCGAGAACAAGAAUAUCCAUUGUUAAAUGAAACAACUUAUUUGGACCAUGCAGGCACAACAAUUUAUGCAAAGUCUACGAUCGAGGCUUUCUCGCGUGACAUGACCUCUAAUCUUUUUGGCAAUCCCCAUUCUAUGUCACAAUCUUCACAACUCUCCACUCAGCGGACAGACGAUGUUCGACUCCGAGUUCUCCGCUUCUUCAAUGCAGACCCAGAAGAGUAUGAUUUGGUCUUCGUUGCAAAUGCAACCGCAGCGAUUAAGCUUGUGACAGACUCAAUUCGAGAUUCCGACCACCGGGGUUUCUGGUAUGGUUACCAUGUUGAUGCCCACACCAGUUUGGUUGGGGUGCGAGAAGUUGCGGAUCUUGGUCAUGAAUGCCUGCAAGGAGAUGACAAGGUAGAUUCCUGGAUCUCGGAAGAACUGGCCAUUUCUCAGACCAAAGUACCCCAACUCUUUGCCUACCCCGCGCAAUCGAAUCUAAACGGCCGCCGCCUUCCUCUAAGAUGGUGCAAGGAAAUCCGUUCGGCCGCCGCCAUCAACGGGGCAAAUGUGUUCACAUUACUAGACGCAGCCUCGCUGCUAUCUACAUCACCACUGGACCUGAGCGCUGUGGCCCCGGACUUCACGGCGUUGAGCUUCUACAAGAUUUUUGGGUUUCCAGACUUAGGUGCCUUGAUCGUUCGGAAGAGCGCCGCCCGUGUUUUUGAAAGACGGAAAUACUUCGGCGGAGGCACCGUUGACAUUGUUGUAGCCGCUGGUCCCCAGUGGCAUGCCAAGAAGGAGACUUCAAUCCACGAGCGCCUCGAGGAUGGCACCCUACCAUUCCACAAUAUCAUUGCUCUAGAUGCUGCCAUGGAUACCCAUGAACGUUUAUACGGCUCGAUGGCAAAUGUUUCCUCCCACACUGCAUUUUUAGCCAAGCACCUUUACGACCGCCUGUCCGUGUUAUCACAUUGGAACGAAACGCACGUUUGUCACAUAUAUCAGCCUAGCUCGGCCACAUUUGGCUGUUCCCUCACCCAGGGCCCAAUCUUGGCGUUCAAUUUGAAGAACAGCCAGGGCGAGUGGAUUGCCAAGACAGAGGUUGAAAAAUUAGCCACUGUACAGAAUAUUCAAAUUCGCACUGGUUCGGUUUGCAAUCCUGGCGGUACGGCCACCUCGCUUGGAUGGACGGGCACAGAAAUGCGUCAUCUGUAUACCACAGGCUUUCGCUGCGGUGAUGACACCGAUAUCGUGGAGGGUCGGCCCACCGGAGUUUUACGAGUCAGCUUGGGUGCAAUGACCAAUAUGAAAGACAUUGACUCCCUGGUCAAUUUUAUUGCGGAGUUCUAUGUGGAGAAUGCCCCCCCUGUUGUGUCCGUGGAACCACCCAUUGAGAAUAACACCCUUGGCCGCCACUUUUACAUCGAAAGCCUUUCGGUGUUCCCGAUCAAGAGUUGUGGCGCAUUCAAGAUCCCCGAGGGCAAACGGUGGGAAGUGAAGAGAGAAGGUCUAGCAUGGGAUCGAGAGUGGUGUCUGAUCCACCAAGGAACGGGUGCAGCGCUGAACCAAAAACGAUAUCCACGGAUGGCACUGAUCAGGCCAUCCAUUGAUCUUGAUCGUGGCAUUCUCCGCAUUACCUGUGGAGUCAUGACCGACUCCGUUAGUCUCGAGAUCUCUCUCGGAUGGGAGGAUACAACUCUUAUAUCUACUUCCCUUUGCCCAAAUACUACGAAACGGUCCAUGGUAUGCGGGGACCAAGUUUCUCUGCAUGCGUACGCUUCACCAGUGGUAUCGGCAUUCUUCUCCGACUUCCUCGGUGUUCCAUGCACACUGGCUCGAUUCCCUAGCCAAAUAGCCGACCGGUACUCCCGACCAAUCCGCAUGUCCAGUACGUGGAAGAACAAGUUUCGCAAGCUCUUGAUGCCAGGCUCUUACCCCCCUGACUUCCCACCACCAGUUCGUGAUAAUGGACGGAACCCCCUUCUCUUAUCUAAUGAGAUGCCUAUUUUGGUGGUCUCGCGUUCAUCAGUCAACCGCGUGAAUGAGACCAUCAAGGCACAAGGCAAGCAAGGUGCUAGCAAAGCCGUUUCCGCUGAUGUAUUCCGUGGGAACAUUGUCGUCGCCGAACGGCUUGUUCAAAUGGGUGAUGCGGAGCAACCAUACAUUGAAGACCACUGGUCCUCUCUGCGCAUUGGAUCAGAUCUGCUUCGCAUAGAUGUUUUGGAGGCAUGCCAGCGCUGCCAGAUGGUCUGCAUUGACCAGUUCACUGGGCAGAGACGUGACGAGCCGUUCUCGACUCUCGCCAAAACCAGGAAAGUGGAUGGCAAAGUGAACUUUGGGCAGUAUGCCGCCCUUUCAAUUGAGGAAGCCGAGAAAUUUUCAGACUCGCCAGAUCACCGGACGGUCAUGGUGGGAGAUGUUGUAAUACCAGAGUAUGAAACCUGA